UUCAGUUGUUCUCUCUUUUAGAACGCCCAUUUCUACACUGUGGUUGUCACGUUGUCUUUCACACAUGCAGCUUUAUGAACAUUUCAGGAAGUGCAUAAGACUUCCUGAAAUGUUCGAAAAAUGGCUUUGAUUGUCACAUUUCUAUUUAACUUGCUGGUAGCCUACACACUUCAAAUGCAAGGUUCCUCUGCAGUGACUGAUGUAUUUGUGAAAACUGGAGAUGAUUUAAUUCUUAAUCUCACAGCUGAAAUUCCAUCAAAUUCUCAGUUUUGGUUAUGGCAAUUUAAAGAUGAUGCACUGGUACAAUUUCCACGUGGUUCCCAACCAAAUGUUGUUAACAAUCGCUUUGGAAAAGUUGAAGUUAUAGAAAAAAGUUACAGUGUGGAAUUAAAGGAUCUACAGAAGUCACACAGUGGUAUUUAUAUUGCAAAGCUAGUAUCACCUAAAGAGCAAAUACUGACUCAAUACAACAUUACAGUUCAAGAUCCAGUGUCUCCAGUUGAUCUCAACUUUACCUGCUCAUCCAGCUCCUCCUCCUAUAACCUGACAGCGACCUGCAGGACAGACAACAUCAGCAUCACUCUGAGAUGUGAUUAUUUAUUCUGCAACCAGGAAGAAGAAGAGAGAAAUUUGGUCACCAAAUCUGGCUCUUCUCUUCAUAUCUACAAGUUGAAAGAGUCGGUUGUCUGUAACCAUAGCAACCAGGUCAGCAAGGUUGAAUCCAAAGAAAACAUUGAGAAUCGCUGCCCUCCACCUAGAAAACCCAGAAAAUAUUACUGGUAUUUUAUAUUGAUCCUGUUGGUUCUUCUUGUCUGUUUAAUUUAUAUUGGAUAUCGUAAAUGCAAGAAAGCAGGUGACACAGGCAACUUUGACAACACAAUAUAUGCUCUUCCUGUGGUAAAUGAUCAAACUGAAACACUGAAUAAAACAGAUGAAGAUGAAGCUUGUUCCCCAAACACCACCUACAGCGCAGUGGGACUUUCUACAAAUAAGGCAGCCACCAAGACUAGAGACGAUGACCAACCACAGAGUGUGUAUUCACAAAUAAAGGCCAUGUGAAGUACAAAACUGAUGUAGUGAGAUUAGGACAUUUCUGUUAUGUAAAAAGUCAGGCUGCUGCUUUUCCUAUAAUCUGGAGGUUACUCAGUCAAACAAAUGAAAAAUAGCCUAUAGUAUGUUUUAUACAGUAUUUAUGUAAAUUGCUUUAAGUAUUCUAGACAUUUAAGUAGCUUUGUUUUAUAUAGAGUAACUGAGGGUUUUACAAAGCUAAGGUAAUUUUUAACAUGUUAAAAACAUGUUAGAAAACUACUACUCUGUCAUGCAGAAAACUACUCUCUCCAUCACAAACUUGUACAAGAUAGUAUUUUGCUCCAAAAAUGAAGGAUCUCACCUUCCCCCAAAAUACUGUCAGCUCUGUCCCUUAUUUUAGCUUCACUAUUGCUUUUUCAGUGCAGUCUGUUGUACUCAGCAUCCAGACUGUCCAUGAUGCACCAGACAACUCCAGAGUAAUCCGAGUCUCUAAAUCAAAUAACAGUCUGAGGUGUAAAGAGUGAAAAGAAAUGUUGAAAGUCCGCUGACCUGUGAUGCAAACCACCGGGAUAAACACCUCCACUGUCUCAAACUGUGAUCUGUUUGUCAGGUAGUCAUAGAUACAGGUGGUUGCUGAGGAAUCCAAAGCAAAUCAGGCUGUAUCAUGUUAAAUGAAAUGACACGAUCCUCACAACGUUGCCUAUUUGUACAGAUGAAAGCAGGUGUGUGAUGUCUUCAAUUCCAACCUCAUAGUGAUAAGCAAACCACCUGAGGGAUAAGAGUGGAUGUGAGAUGUAGUUGGCUGGAGGCUGAGGAUGCUGAACUUCUGUUUGAAUAGAAACUAAGGACAUAUUCAGUUCAUUGCCUUUUCCAGACUUUUCCAGGCAUCAGUCUGACAGCAGUUAACAGCAUUCAAUGAAAAGCCUAAGCAACUAUUUGAAAGUAAAAUUAUAUAUAGUCAUCAGUUCAGUCAUCUUGAAUAAAUUAGAGUAUGUGUUCUAAUGAGGCUCAUUUGUCAUAUUAAAAGCAUUUUUUUAAGAAUAACGACGUGUGUUUCAUUUAGUUGACUGAGAAACUGGAAUAAAUUUAUGUGUGAGUGUGUGUGUAAUGAUUAAUGUGACGUGUUUUGGGGUUUUCUGGACUUCAUAAAGUGCUACAGGCCAAAAACCAGGUACCGUAUUAUAUCUGUGUAUCUGUGUCAACAUUUUAAUCAAGUAUUUAGUUAACCCUCACUUAAACAUUUCUUUAUCUAUACCUGUAUAAGUGCAAUGUUUGUAUUUGUGGUACUUGCUGUCUUGUGAAACUAGAGGGACUAUUUCUCUACCAGCAGUCAAACUCUGUCCACACACAUCAUGUGGUGGUGACUGGAGUUUGUCAGGGUUACAGUGUUCAGCCUUUCGUGUUGGGAAGCUGGAGUUUUGGUUUCUGUGGGGCUGCUUUUCUUGUCUCUAGUUAUCCACUAGAUGGAGCCAGGAAGCUGUGUUGUCCAGAGGGCGGUCUCAGGUGUUCAGUCGUCACACCUGCAACCUAUCUGUCAUCAGCCAGUGUUUACGAGAAGCCUGUCACCAGUCCUUCGAUGCCUGAGUGUUGCCGUUCGUGGUACUCUGUGCCCCUCAGUGUGUGCUCUCUCUGAGUUUUCUAAGUGCUCAAGCCUCCCUUGUGCUUUCCUUGUAGGUUCUCAGCGGCUGUUACCUUUGUGCCUUAUGAGUUUUAUCGUUUCACCUCCAAGAUUCUUCUUAAAGAAACCCCUGGUUCAAAGAUCCCUACAACUGGUGACUAAUCUCUUCUGGUUGUUCAAGUCUGUGCUACAACCUGUCCACCCUCCAAUGAGGUACAACUAACAAACCAUCAUCGCCUCCCAUUCUCUCUGGAUCUCCUGGCUUCAGUUCCAACUCCACCUGGACCCGGCACUCACCCUAGAAACCAGGUUCCAGCACCAGCAGAAUACCUCCUCCUGGUGGAUCAGCUCCAUUUCACUAAAUCCAGAUCUUCAGCCGUCCCAUACCCCGGGCAAAGAAGAUACAUUCUAACUCUUUUUACAAUAAACUUUAUUUAACUGACUUUUCUCUGUAUCCUGAAGUGUAUUCUGCAUGUGGGUCAAACGAUUAGCUUCAAAUUAUGACACUUAAAAGUGUUUUUUUUCUGUAGUUCAUUUUAUGGACUUAUUUACAUUAACCUCACUAAAUUCAUUACUUAUUUACUUACUUUUUUGUGUUCAAUUAACUUAAAAGUUACAAAUCUAAUUAACUUAAAGGAACUUUUUACUUUGACUUUACUUGAAACAGUAGAUUUCAAUGCCAGUUUUGUAUCCUACGUCUGACUAACUCAAUUUUUUACAAUCUAACUCAAUUUACUAAGUUUUUAUAACUUAAUUCAUUAAGCGUGUUUAACAUGACAAAUUUAAAUCACUCCUACUGAAAUUGUUUAUUGUUUAUCUUGCUUCUGACUGGUAAGUUCUCACUUCUGGCACCAAGUGGGAGGGUCUUACACAGACCAGCCAGAGAGACGUUGAAUGGAUUCCAAAAUAUACUCUUAAUUUAUUACAAAAAGUCCAAAAAUAGUUCAAAAAUGAUUAAUUGGGCCCAAAACUGAGGUCAACAUAACAUGGGAACUUAAAUAGUGGCUGAUCACACCACUGCUAACACACAAGAACUUAAAACUGGUCAACACAUUACUAAAUCUUUAAAUUAAAUAAAUAUUAGAACUGAACUAACUUCCAAAAAGAAGAAACAUUAAAGAAAUGGUCAAAUUAAACUAGAGACCAAGUUUCCCUUCCCCUGGCAAACAAAUGGAACGACCUACUGAGGAGGUUUGACAGCCAUAUAAUGACAUCAAUUAGCUGGAGCUCAUCUGUAUGAUUCCAGCAGCAGCUCCAAAGGAAACUGGUAACUCAAAAGAAGAAAUUAAUUUGUUGCAUUUAACAAAAAAUAUAAAGAACUGACAGAUAAAGUUAACUAAAUGUGUGCACUGCAAAUAGUUAACUAAAGAGUCAGGCAAAUGAAAAUAAUUUUAAAGAUAAAAACCUAAACUAUUCACUAGUCAAUAUGUAAACUAAUGUUAAGGAUGAACAGAAAACAAUUACCAUUCAGGUCUCUGUGUGACAGUAGGGACAGCUGUCACGGUAGAACUGCAUAAAUUCGGAUAUUUAGAAAACUGCUUCCUGAGAGAUAUUCUGCACUCGCAUACCUAUCCAACAUCUGAGCUUGUGUGUACUGAUAUGAACUGCCCAUAGAAGGACAAUGUCUACAUUGUGGUUAGCACACAUGUUCAGCUCUAUGAACACUUCCUGUGGAAGCUGUCAUGAUCUGUAGCACUGUGAACUCAGUUUUAUCUACAGUAUAUUCUUGUUCUCACAUUUUGAGACCAAAAUGUUCCUAUGUAGAACUGUUUUGCUAAGGCUUCAUUCACGCUUCCCUCUGUCCAAAUAAAUCUGAUUUCCAUCCAGUAUUUAUAACUCAUUAAUAUCAACCAUCCCCCAACCACCUCUGUCAGACUUGUGCUUAAAUAGGAAGUGCCUAAGAAACGAACUUCCCCAUAUUUAAAAUGGCGUUGAUCGUCUCAUUUCUGUUUCAUCUGCUUCUAUUCUACACACUUCAAAUACAAGGUUCCUCUGCAGUGACUGAUGUAUUUGUGAAAACUGGAGAUGAUUUACUUCUUAAUCUCACAGAAGCUGAAAUUCCACCAAAUUCUCGCAUUUGGUUAUGGCAAUUUAAAGAUGAUAUACUGGUAGAGUUUUUGCUUGGUUCCCAACCAAAUGUUGUUAACAAUCGCUUUGGAAAAGUUGAAGUUUUAGAAAAAAGUUACAGUGUGAAAUUAAAGGAUCUACAUAAGUCACACAGUGGUAUUUAUACUGCAAAGGUAGUAUCACCUAAAGAGCAAAUACUGGCUCAAUACAACGUUACAGUUCAAGAUCCAGUGUCUCCAGUUGAUCUCAGAUUUACCUGCGCUUCCAGCUCCUCCUCCUUUGAUAACCUGACAGCGACCUGCAGGACAGACGACUCUUCCAUCAGCAUCACUCUAAGAUGUGAGAAUCAAACGUGCAACCAGGAGGGAGGAGAGAGAAGAUCGGUCACCAAAUCUGGCUCUUCUCUUCAUGUCUAUCAGUUGAAAGAAUCAAUUGUCUGUAGCCAUAGCAACCAGGUCAGCAGGAAUGAGUCCAUCAAAGAAAUUGAGAAUCACUGUACAAAUAAUGAACCCAGAAAACAUCUCUGGUAUAUUACAUUGAUCCUGUUGGUUCUUAUACUCCCUAUAAUUUAUAUUCUAUGUCGAAGUCACAAGAAAACAGGUGACAAAGGCAACUUUGACAACACGAUAUAUGCUCUUCCUGUGGUAAAUGAUCAAACUGAAACACUGAAUAAAACAGAUGAAGAUGAAGCUUGUUCCCCAACCACCACCUACUGCGUAGUAGGAAUUUCUACAACUAAGGCAGCCACCAAGACUAGAGACAAUGACCAACCACAGAGUGUGUAUUCACAGAUAAAGGCUGUGUGAAGUACAAAACUGAUGUAGUGAGAUUAUGACAUUUCUGUUAUGU